UUGUUACUCUUCAUGCAUUUUUUGUGAUGCCCAGGGUAUAAAACACCGUAGCAUUGCAUUAGCUCAUUAAUCGCAAUUCAGUAUUCAGCGAGAAUUGUUGCAAUGAAGCUUUUGCUUGUUUUCUGUGUUGUGGCCACAAUCAUGGUUGUCCAGUGUUAUGCUGGGGAACCUGAAGGGCCGGAAAGGCAGAAGCGUUCACCCGAACCAGUUGAUAGCAACGGAGCGCCUGGUGAGCCUGGUAAAAAUGGCGGAGGAGGUGGAGGCGGUGGUGGCGGUGGCGACAAUGGAGGUGGUGGUGGCAAUGGUGGCAACGGUGGUGGUGGUGGCGACAAUGGAGGUGGUGGUGGUAAUGGUGGCAACGGUGGUGGUGGUGGUGGAAAUGGAGGUGGUGGCGGCAACGGUGGCGGUGGUGGCAACGGUGGCGGUGGUGGCAAUGGUGGCGGUGGUGGAAAUGGAGGUGGUGGUGAUGGCGGCAAAGGGGGCAAAGGUGGUGACGAUGGUGCACCGGGUGCACCUGGUGCCCCCGGUGCGCCCGGAGCUCCCGGUCAUUAAUUUUGUUUAUGAAAAUAAAGUUUUGUUUUGUUUAUAAGUCGGCA